CUACGUUGUUACUGACUGACUGACAUUAUUUUGUGGUUUUAAGUCAAAAUAAAAUUGAGUGCAGUAGAAGACUGAUCUGCCUUCUACUUUCGUCUUUUUGAUUAGUCAGUCAGUCAGGAGCUUGAGGGACCAAUGAGGGUCGACAUCUUGGUUAUUGUUCAUUGGGCGAUGUGUCAAUCGGUAAAUAGUUCUUUAGUCCUACUGGCAAUACAAACGAAUUAAUCGAUAAUCGGGUUAGAAACAGGCCAUUGCAACUGCUCCCUUGUCGUUACGAACUGACCAUACAAAACCCAAUGUAAUUCAACCCAAAAAUCUAACCUACUGUUUUCUUCCUAUUUAAAUUAACAAAAUUUCGGGUAAUCUAUGUUGUGUAGUCGAUGGUUCUAACUGUUGUUGCUACCAAAUAACUAAUUUAUGCAACAGUUUGCCAUUGACUUUGGUAGUUGCAAUGGGACAGGCUUCCUUUGGUAUGUUUCUCAAUUUCUUCCCCCAAAUUAUGAUGACCAGAGUCGAGAUGUUAUCAUAUACUGUGAUUUGGACGUAAAAGUUGGACCAUAGAAUAUGUAGUUAAGGGAAGGAAUAGUUCCUUAAGGUUUUAUUUUCAGGAAAAAUUAAGUGUAGUAACUAUUCAGAACCUGACGACUUAGUAUUUCUCAAAUAUUGUAAUAUCUAAAAUUGUUUAUGAGAAUGCCAAACUUAUGUAAUUUACCUUUUGUCACGACUGAUUGUAUGUUAUUAGAUAUAUUAAUUGUUUUCAUACUAGUGGUUGUAUAACUUCCUGGUUGUGAAGCUUUGAAAAUGAACUUGUUCUUAUGUAUUACAGUUACAUAAAUCUACAUUAUUUUUUUAUAACCAUUGUCUUCGUUCAAUCGACCAUUACAGAUGAUUGGACUUACGAACAGUUGCUAGGCAUUUGCAAAGGUCUUCACUACAGUUUAUGGAUGCAGGACAAGUUGCUGCUGAAGGAACAAACGGUCGUCCGGUUAUGUAACAUAUUACCCAAUAUUGAGGACAACACGGUCACAUUGUAUUAUUCUUAUGCUAUGUUUGAAACACUAGCAAGAGAAUGGGACAAUUUAGAUUACUGGAGGGUAGACAAAUUUAUGCUGCUCGGACGAGAAUUUUUUACGAGAGGCCUUCAGUUUAUUUCUUGCAAAAAACCUGAAAUUUUACCUUCAUUUGUGGAGGCCAUUUUCACCAAGAUAUUGAACAAUGACAUAGAUCAUGCUGUUGGUCUAAAAUUGCAUUUCUGCACUCUAAUAGGUGAAGAACUUCCGAAAAAGAACGUAAAAAUGUUAUCUCUGCAGUUAGUCUUUCAAUAUCUCCUGGUUUUACUAGCUUCCCUACCGAAACACAACAUUUACGCUCACAGUGUCCUAUCUCUGAUUACUCGGAUAACAAAGCUUAUUCGAAGACGUCCACAAUGUUGUUUGGAUCGUAUUAUGAAAUGUCUUGAGAAUAUUUUAAGCAAAGAUUCCUCCUAUAGAAACGCUUUAAAACGAGUCGACACAAAUCUAAAAAGAAUUCUGGCAAAUAGAGAAACUACAUCAGUAGCAACCGAUGGACAGAUUCCCACGCUAUGUGCAGAGUCGUCACCUGAGACGACAAAUCUCGUUCCCAAUACUUGUGAGAAUGUAAAUAGUGAAGGUGGUUCAUCAGAGCUUAAGAUCGGAAAGAAAAAAAUUCCGAAGGUUUUAAAGAAGAAAAAACGGGUGAUUAAAAAACGUUCAUAUGCUGAGACCGCUAACCCCGUAAAUAUAGAGUUCAGCAAUCAAGCUGAUGAUUUUGUCGAAGAAUCACGUCCGAAGAGAAUGAAGUCUGAAAUACCCACAAAGUCUGUUGACGAAUGCACAGCAGUUCCAUGUGUAGUUCCUGAUUCUCCAUGCCCUUUUUCAGCAUGUGAUGAUGAAUCCAAACCAAACGUCGGUCAAUUUAUAUCUCCUAAUGUUUCAAUAAGUGGCAACUCUGCUUCUGCAGAAAAGUGUACUUCAAACACUCCGCUUUCUUCUGAAAGACGUGUAUCCUUCGGUAAGGUAUUUCGUAAGAAAUUUAACUCAGCUCGUUGCAUCUCCCUAACCCCACCGGUUAGUGUUAUUCCAGCCAAGGGAAUUUUAAGAAGUAACAAAUCUAUAGCUGAUGACGCGAAAGCUAACGUUUCGUUCUAAUUUAAGUUGUAAUUUUGUACAUAUAAAUGAAAUAAACACAACGUUUAUGUAUCAGUCUCUUUGGAAAUUACAUGUUAGGUAACAGAAAAAAACUUUUUACGCCAAUCUUAGUUCUCUGCGAAUAGAAAUUAUCUGAUUAAA